UGGUGCUUGCUGGCAAUGAAGUGAACAUGCGUGCAUUUCUCUUGUCUUCACAGCUGCAGCCUCGGCUAAAGAAGUCUGAGGGCUGCCAGCGGUGGUGAGGAUAAUGGACUGUGUCCUAUAGCAACAUGGCCUUCUGCCUACCAGUGUGGUAUCUGGUAAGUGCUGCAGGAGGACAGUGAGGAGAAACUGAGACCAGGGCAAGAUCUGCUGCAGAGGAAGAACUCGAGGCAGUACCAAGGGAGGAGGGCCUGUCUCCCACCAGGAAACUCUGAUGGGAGGAGGAAGGGAAGGCCAGGGUGAGGUGAGGUGAGGCUGGCAGCAGGAGUGGAAAUGUCGUGUUGAAUCUACAGCCUUGGUUCUCUUGCAUUCCUUAUGCUUCUUAGCACUGCUCAAGAACAGGCAGGGAUUGUACCUAAAGCUGUGCGUCUUGUCCACCUCAAGCACCUACACUGUGGCGGAACAGAGUACUGAGUCCUGUUGCCUGGCUCUUACCUUCUGCUCAGCCUUUUCAAGAGUGCUGUGAACCAGUAAGGAGACUUCACCUAUGACACUGUCUGAAAGCAGUUUUCACAGCCUUUUACUGGUAGGAAUUCUGGAGGUGGCAGCUCAGCCUGGGGAGCAGGAGAGACUGGCAGCAUGGUGAUAUCUGGCACUGCCAUCACCUCCCUGCUUGGAUGCCAAAGGCAGAGCAGAGAUUGGGGUGUUUGUCCUGGUCCUUGAGGGAAUUUCUCAGAAGCUGCACCUCAGUUUAUCUUUGAAUCUGAGGUAGAAACAAAAGCUGCUUGAUCUUGUCUCAGUGGAGUGCUGGGGGGAAUAAUUGGUUAAUUACUAUUCAAAGGUGCAAACUAAGAGCUAAUUGUUCACUGUGCAGUGGGGCCUGAAUCUCGUCCCAAACUACAUUUCUCCACGCCUGCCAAAGUUUUUCUACUGCUACACAGAUGGAUGUGUUUUCAGCAAAGGCUACCAUGUGGAAGAUUAAAAAGAGGGGAAAAAAAAAAAAAGGAACUCUUAACUAGCUUGAAAUCAUGAUGCCACGGAGUGUGUUUACAAGGAAACAGCCUGAUAAACAAGGAGACUCGGCAGCCUCAGGAAGUUGGUUGGACUGAAAAAGUAACAGAAUGAUGUGAAAUUUGUCUGAGUCACUGAUCCUGCAUCUCUACUAGUUCUUUCAGAGAACUCUUCUUGGAGGAAGACAGAGCACACUGAAGCUGAGAGUGGAGAACUGCCCUUUCUGGUCACCACGAAUUUCAGAUCUCCUCCCCUAGCCUCUCCCAGUCUUUUGUACUUUCUGUGCUAAUCUAUCCAGUACACCAUAAACUGACAGAGGCAGCAGCUGGAAAACCUGCUCUGGAAGCUCUAUUAAAAGCCUCAAAAUCUGCAGUGGAGAUGAACAUGAAAACAGUGCUCAUCCUCCUCAUUCUGGCUUUGGCCACGAUAUUUGCCCUGAUCUGUGUGCUGCUGACCAGGGGAAGGGCACCCAGUGUCUGCCAGCGACCAGAGCAGGAGGACACCGAUGAUGGCCACAGCCUGGUUUUUGCUGAUCUGACCCCAGAAGAAAUGGUCCAGGUGGUCCGGUACCUGCAGGAAAAACUCGGGGUGAAGCUGGUGGAUGCCUCGCAUGCGUUGCCCUCUGACAACUGCAUCUACUUGGUCGACGUGCAGAUCCCUGCCAAGGUGGAGGUGCUGCGGUUCCUGGAUGAUGGGGGGCCUCGCCCUGCACGGGAGGCGCUGGCUGUCCUGUACUUUGGUAACCAGCCGGAGCCCAACGUCACGGAGUAUGUGGUGGGUCCACUGCCGAUGCCGACGUACCACCGGGAUGUCACGGUGCAGAAGUAUGGGGGGAAGGUGCCGUACCACCGCAGACCAACAUUGGCUGUUGAAUACAAACAGAUUGCAGAGUUUUUAAAGAGUGAAGUGUUCCCCACAGCUCCAUCUUUCAUGCAUCAAGUAAUUGAAUAUAAUGAAACCAGUUUAGCAGCCAUGACAACAGCUCCACGUGGUUUCCAGUCUGGAGAUCGGACCACCUGGUUCGUUUUGUUUCAGAAUGUGAGUGGGUUCUUCCUGCACCCUGUGGGGCUGGAGGUGCUGGUAGACCACAGCAACCUGGACAUCUCCCAGUGGGCGGUGAGCGGUGUCUUCUAUAAUGGGCAGUACUACAGGGACAUGGUGCAGCUGGAGAGUGCCUAUGUGCAGGGCCGCAUUAACGUGGAGAAAGUGAAGAAAGCCCCAUGGGAUGGGGACUUCUCAUCCAUGAAGCCGCGAGCACCUCCUGCAGCAAUGUUUCCUGUGCAGUAUGAGCCCCAGGGUCCCCGCUACAGCAUCAAGAACAACCACAUCAUCUUCCAGGCCUGGAGCUUUGCCUUUGGGAUGAGCGUGAACACAGGCAUGCGCCUGUUUGACAUCAGGUAUCAGGGAGAGAGGAUUGCCUAUGAGAUCAGUGUUCAAGAGGCCUUGUCAGUGUAUGGCUCCAACUGUCCUGGAGGGAUGUCAACGAGGUACAUGGAUGGGAGCUUUGGCAUUGGGCGCUUCAGCUCUCCCUUAGUGCGAGGUGUCGACUGCCCAUAUUCAGCAACUUACGUGGACGUGCACUACCUUGCUCAGUCUCAAGUCUCCAGAAUUGCUAAAAAUGCCAUCUGCAUUUUUGAGCAGAACCUGGGCUCUCCUCUGAGGCGCCACUACUCCAACUUGCAGUCCUUUUACUAUGGGGGACUAGUCAACUCUGCUGUGAUUGUUCGUUCCAUUGCAACUUUGGGCAACUACGACUAUGUGUGGGACUUCAUCUUCUACCAGAAUGGGGCCAUUGAAGUCAAAGUCCAGGCCACGGGGUACAUGAGCUCAUCCUUCCUCCAUGGGGAUGGUCUGAGAUACGGCAAUAGGGUUUGGGAGCACACGCUGGGCACGAUACAUACCCAUUCCAUCAACUAUAAAGUGGACUUGGAUGUGGGAGGUAGGUCUGGGUCUUGUCUUCCUUAAUGCGUGUCUUUACAUUGAUAAGCCACAGAACUGUGGUCGAGAAUUGGCCUCCUAGUC